AUGGGCGUUAACAAAUUAUGGACUAUACUGGAAGAAGUAUCACGAUUAGUUAAAUUAGAAACCCUUUCAGGAAAAAUACUAGCAGUGGAUGCUUCUAUAUGGAUAUAUCAGUUUUUUAAAGCAUUUAGAGAUAAGGAAGGAAAUUAUAUUAGUAAUGGUCAUAUUAUUGGAUUUUUUCGAAGAAUAUGUAAACUUUUGUUCUUUGGAGUUAAACCGGUAUUUGUUUUUGAUGGAAAUGUUCCAUUUCUUAAACAAUGUGUUAUGAAAAAAAGGGCAGAAAAAAGACUUAAAUAUGAAGAAAAUUCUGAAAAACUUGCAGAAAAAAUAUUCUUAUUGCAAGUAAAAAAAACUGUUGAAAGAGAAAUUCACAAAAAACAAGAAAAUAAUUCAAUGAAUACAUCGAAAUCUCCGUAUUUUGAAAAUAUAGAGACUCUAUCUGAAAAUAUUAAAAUUUUACAAGAUAAAACUAAAGACAUGUAUGAUUUGCCUAAGCUUAGUUUGCCUUUUGAAAAAAUGCAACGAUCAGGUGAUUUUAGGAUAAUAAAUGAAGAAAAUACUCCGGAACUUAUACAAAAUUUUACCAGUGAUGAUCUUAAUUUUUUAGAUUUUUCAAGAAUUGAUUUUAAUUCUGAUUUUUUUAAGUCUUUAUCGUUGGCUGAUCAAUAUAAUAUUUUAAGUUUAGCGCGUUCGAAAUCACGACUUCGCAUAGGUUUAUCAGCACAUGAACUCAUGACAAUGUUUCCUGAUUCUAUGGAGUUUUCUAAAUUUCAAAUUAACAGAGUCAGGGAAAGAAAUGAUUUAACUCAGAGAUUACUUAAUUUUAAUGGAAUAAAUAAAACAGGAACUUUAAGGGUUGCUGGAGAACCAAACAAGGAAUAUCUAUUGAUAAAAAAUGAGGAUAUUAAACCAGGUUGGACAUUAAGUUUUGAUUCGGAAAUUAAAAAUAAUGUUAUUGUUAUUAAUGAUGAAAAUGGUGAUUCUGAUUAUGAAAAUCAAGAAUUUGAAGAUAUUCCUUUAGAUAAAGCUAACUCUCAUACAUAUAAUAUGAAAAAUAAUCCAUUAUUUUUAUUAUCUGAUGGUUCUGACAAUGAAUACAAUAAAUACAAUGUAGUAAAAAAAAAUAAAAAAAAACCUCAAUCCAUAGAAGAUGUAGAUUGUAAAAAAGAUCUAGGAUCGGAUUAUUUAAAAUUAACUAGAAAUACAGAAAAAAAUGAAAUUAAAUAUCAAAAAUUAAAGCUUAAUAACAAACUUUCUUUACCACAGUUAUCCGAUAUUUUUUCAGAAAAAUCAAUUGAGGUUUCUGUAAAUACUGAUAGUUUUGAAGAAAAAAAUCAUUCAACUAUAUUUAAAGAUAAAAAUUUGGAAUCAAUUAAUAAUUAUGAAAUAUCAUCUAAUCUAAAAAAAUCAGAACAUAUUUUAGAUUUAUCAAAAAAAAGCUUUAAUUUUGAUCAAACUACAAAAAAUGAUGAGUUAUCGAAAGAUCAAGAGUUUUAUAAUGAAAAAAAAACAUUUUCUAAAUUAUUAAAUAAUAUCGAAUUAUCUAGUGGAGAAUCCUUUUUUUCAGAUAAACAAGAGAACUAUAAGAAUUUCAAUAAUAAAGUUAAAGUUAAAGAAAAAGAUAUAGAAUUUCUCAAUACCGAUAAAGUUAAUGUUGAAUUUAUCAAAAAUGCUUUUUCUGAAGAUAAAAAUCCAAUAAAUAAAACUACUUUAGAAAUUACUGAUAAAUCAUCAUGUUUUCCUGUAGUUAAUGAAUUUGAUGAAACAAAAUUUAUUACAAUUAAAUCUGCUAAUUCAUUUAAAAAAAGUCAGGAAAUAUCCGAAAUUAGCUCUAUUUCAAUUAACAAUGCUUCUGAUAUAAGUGAUUGUGGGAAUUAUAAUCUAAUUAUAGAAAAUGAUGCAUUACUGAAACAAGUUUUUGAAGAAAAUAGAGAACAUAAUUUUUUUUUUCCUCAGUUGAAUAAUAUAGAUAAUUAUAACGAAAAACAUCUUGAAGAAUUAGAAACAUUUAUGAACCAAUAUCAAAAAAAUAAAAAAAAUGCAGAUAGUGUGACUCAAAUAAUGAUAGAAGAAUGUAGAAUUCUUUUAAGGUUAUUUGGAAUACCUUAUAUUACAGCACCUGCAGAAGCAGAAGCUCAAUGUGCAGAACUUGUUAGGCUAGGACUUGUAGAUGGAAUUAUAACUGAUGAUUCAGAUGUUUUUCUCUUUGGUGGUACUAAUGUUUAUAGAAAUAUGUUUAAUCAUUCAAAAUAUGUUGAAUUAUAUCGUUUGUCUGAUUUAGAACAGGAAUUUAAUUUAGAUAGAAAAAAUUUAAUUCGUCUUGCACAUCUUCUUGGAAGUGAUUACACUGAAGGCAUUCAGAAAAUUGGACCAGUUACGGCUCUUGAAAUUUUAUCUGAAUUUCCAGAUUCAAGUAAUUUAAAUGAAUUUAAAGAAUGGUGUAAUCGUGUAAAAAAUUUUCAUGAAACUGAUAAUGACAAAGAAUCAACUUUUAAAUGUAAAUUUAAAAAAAAUGUUGAUAAUAUUAUUUUGCCACGAGAUUUUCCAAAUCCAUUAGUUGAUAAAGCAUAUCUUGAGCCUGAUGUCGAUUCAAGUUCUCAACAAUUUAAAUGGGGAAUUCCUGAUUUAGAUAGCUUAAGUGACUUUUUAAAGUCUACAAUAGGAUGGUCUUCACAAAAAAUUAAUGAAAUACUUAUUCCUGUUAUCAGAAGUAUGAGUCUUGGGCAUAUAAAUAAAAUUCAAACAACGUUAACAGAUUAUUGGUCUAUCAAUUCUAUUAAUACUUUUACUUCAAAAAAUAAGAUAACUAAUAAAGUUACUAGAUUUACUAAGGCUUUAAAUAAUUUGAAAAAAUCUAAAAAAACAUUAUUUAAUGAAUAUAAAAUACAAAAUUUAGAAUCAAUUGAUAAUAAAAAUACUAUAAAUAAUCUUAAAGAUUUUCCGAACUCUUAUAAUUCUUUUAUAAAUAAUAACAAUAAUUUAAAUGACAUUAAUAAUGAUAUAAAUUAUAGUUGUGAUGAUACUGAAAGUUCAUUAGAUGAAACAAAUAUUAUAAUAAAUACUCAAAAAUACAAACAAAAUAAAUUUUCAAAUUCAACUUUAGAUUUUAAAAGAAAAUAUAUAUCUAGAAAUAUAAAAAGGAAAAAGAAAAGAGUAAAUUAA